UAGAAGGGCAUCACAAAGCGUUGCUAAGAGAAGAAAAGAGAAGAGACAGGCUAGCAUGACAAGCCCGCACCAAGGCGGUGCUUACUCGACACAGUAUCAAUACUUGGAGCAAGAGAGACUUAGAAAGCUACACGAAGAGCAUUACCAGGCCACUAUCACCAUGAGGAGCAGGGCACAAAUGCUCUCCAAGCAAACAAUACAAAGAAAGAAGUACUUCAUUCUAACUAUAAUGCUUCAUUGCUUCUCUAUCUAUUUCAUGCACUUUCUCUAUUGUAGGGCUUUAGAGCAGAAGAAAGUUGAAAUGGCAAAGGCAGAGGAGGAGAGAAGGAAGAAGGCACUAGAAGAGAGAAGGAAAGUGCAGCAGGAGGCAACAGACAGGUUUAGGAGCGCAAUAUAUCGCAAUGUAAAACCAAGUCCAACUGCUCAUCACCAUUCUAGUCACCACACACCAAAACUGUCAAGAUCCUCUACAAGUGAAAGUCAUAAGACUCAUUAUAGGAGUAGUUCUAGCGAAAGAAGUGGGACAAAAAAAGAGAGAGACGAUCGUAUUAUUCUUGGACCGAAUGUUGAAAUACUUCACUCACACAAUACCCCAACCCUUGACGAAGUACUUGAAACAAUAAGAGGUCGUAAACAGAGUCACUCAAGCGCCCAGUCAUUCUUUACACCAGAACCUCCUCCUCCUCCUCCUCCUCCUGUUUCCCAUAAGCCUCUUUUGGUCGUCAACUCACAGCCGUCAUUUACAGUAGAUUCUCCGACAAAUCACGCCUCUCAAAUCACUCCUACAAAAAUAUUAUUCCCAGUACUUUCGCCCGAAAAUGAAACUACCUUAGAAGCUACACCCACAAAGGAAAUAUCGACAGAAUUGCUGGAAGAAUCGACAAUAUCCUCGAGUAGCUCUUCUCUGCAUGAUAGCCUGGACAGUCCGUGUUCUCCCUCAUCGCCACAGAGAAAAAAUGAAGAUGCCAAAACUGAAAAUAAAACAAGUUCAAAAUCCUCCGAGUCUGAUACCGAUCAAACCACACCCACACCUUCCGAGCCAUCGCUUCAUCACAAAGUACUCAAUUUGACAAUUGUGCCUUCUGCGUCUCCUCUUGAUUCCCCGGAUGGUGCCACGCCCACAAAAGAAGACGAAGAGAAGAAGAUUGUCGGCAUAUUAAAGCGACCGUCCGAAAUAAUGGAUGCAACGUUGUCUAGCUCCACCAUGAGUAAUCAGAGCGUACUGGGGACUAAGAGCACAAGAUCAAACAGCACGAUAAUAAAGAAAGUGAGAUUCAUUGACGAGUUUCAGAAACGGAAGUCUCCGCCCAAACUAAUAACGGCAAAUGGGUUCCUAUCGCACACGUAUCCUACGGGAGCAGCGUCACCUAAAAUGAAAAUAUCACUUGCAUCUCCCUCUUCCUCCUCCCCCUCUAAUGCUUAUCCUCAAAAAUCAAAGAACCCACGAAACGGGUUGUAUCCUAGUUCCACCUAUGAAGAGGAUAGAGACUCCUCCCACUCCCCACGCUCACUCUCUCCGCAGCUAAUAACGUUACCGGUAGACCGUACGAUACUGGACAAUAACCGGACACCAACUGAUGAAGAAAUAAACUCACUCUGGAGACACAUCAACGCUUAUCUAAAUAAACCGGGUGAAGACACGCCCUCAAGAGAAAGCCACACCCAUCACCACAUAUCCCGGGGUAUAAGGUGUCGUAACUCUCAUCAUCCGGUCAAGCUGUGGAGACGUCAACAACAACAAAAACAACAACAACAACAAUCGCAUCAUGAGGAGCAUGCAACAGCAAACAAACAAGUAUCAGCUCCAUUGUUAUUGGCUACUGAGGAGAGCAGGCUAAUCGAGAGUAUUGAUGCUAUCAAUGAGAAGCUGAAAGGUCGCGUUAUGUCACUCGAUGCUUUAGAACAUUCUGAUAAAAAAGUGUUCAAUGAACUGCCGAGACCAAGAAAUCGUUACAAUUCGAAAUUAUUGAUGCAAACCACGCCCACAACAAACAGACAGUACUUACAAUAUAGAUAACAAUAUUCAUUGAUUAUUUAUUAUUAUUAUUAUUGUUAAUCACUUCACAAAUUAUUAUUAUUAUUAAUUUAAUGUUAUUAAUUC